AUGGCUGGAAGGGGACUACGCUAUCAAAGCAGAACCCUCCUUUGCUUUAUCCUGGUGGCUGUUUGGGAAGGAUCGUUUGGGCAGAUCCACUAUUUGAUUCCUGAGGAAAUGGAGAAAGGCUCUUUUGUCGGAGAUGUUGCAAAGGACCUUGCGCUGAAUAUAAAGGAGCUCUCAGACAAUGAAGUCCAGAUAAUUUCCAGAGGUAUGAAGCAAUAUUUUGACCUUGAUUCACAAAAUGGCCAUUUGUUAGUCAAUGAUGUAAUUGAUAGGGAGCAGAUUUGCCACCAGAUGGAGAAAUGUAUAUUAAAUUUCAAAAUACUUGUUAAAGAAAAAAUGAAGUUUUUCACCGCUGAAGUUGAAAUAGCAGAUAUUAAUGAUAAUUCACCCAGUUUCCCCAUAGAGGAGCUAGAGUUUAGAAUUGCUGAAAAUACAGGCCCUGGGGCCAGGUUUCUUUUACCAGAGGCUCAGGACCCAGACCUAGGGACUAAUUCUCUCCUGAGCUACCACCUCAGUAGUAACAAACACUUUUAUUUGGAUGUACAAACUGGAGUUGAUGGAGUCAAAUAUGCAGAGCUGGUCCUUGAAACAUUAUUAGAUCGAGAAGAACAGAGACUACAUCAGCUGAUUCUUACUGCUGCAGACAAAGGAAAUCCAAUCCGGUCGGGCACUGUGCAAAUCCGUGUUGCUGUCACAGAUGUGAAUGACAAUGCUCCUGUUUUUAGUGCGUCUCUGUACGAAGUGAAUGUUGUGGAAAAUAUCCCCAAAGGGUCUCGAGUUCUAACGCUGAAUGCGACUGAUGAUGAUGAGGGAAUAAAUUCAAAGAUAAAGUAUUCAUUUAGAAAAGUUUCAGACAAAGCUUCCAAAAUAUUCCGCUUGGAUUCUUCCACUGGACAAAUAUCGGUCACUGGGAAUUUGGACUAUGAAGAUUCUAAGUUCCAUGAAAUGGAAGUACAAGCCCAAGAUGGGGCUGGAUUGUCUACACGGGCCAAAGCGGUAAUAAGAAUCUUGGAUGCAAAUGAUAAUGCACCAGAGAUCACAAUUACCCCACUUUUCAGCAAGAUUCUAGAAAGUUCUCCUCCUGGCAGUGCCAUAGCCCUUGUGAAUAUAAAUGACAGAGAUGAUGGGAGAAAUGGCGAGGUCACUUGCUCCAUACCAGCAACCCUUCCAUUUCUGUUGAAAAAAUCCUUUGAUAAUUAUUAUAGUCUGGAGACUGAUCAAGACCUGGACCGGGAGUCAGUCUCAGAAUACAAUAUCACAAUCACAGCAACAGAUCAAGGGACACCUUCUCUCUCAGCAACAGCAUACUUCCUGACAGAAAUUUUGGAUGAAAAUGACAACCCACCCAUCUUUAAAACUACAGCCUUCACUUUUCAGAUUGCAGAGAAUAACCAAAGAGGUGAUUUGCUUUUGAAUUUAAAAGCAAAUGACCCUGAUUGUGGAGAAAAUGGAAGAAUAAUUUAUUCCAUCAUUGAAACAAACAUUGGAGAUGUCCUACUUUCAUCUUAUCUUUCUAUUAACUCUGAGACUGGGGCUGUCUAUGCCUUGAGCUCCUUUGAUUAUGAAGAGUUCAGAGAGAUUAAGUUCCAGGUGAAGGCCCAAGAUGGAGGCUCCCCACCACUCAGCUCCAACAUCACAGUGACUCUUUUUAUCUUGGAUCGGAACGACAAUGCCCCCCAAAUCUUGUAUCCUUCUGUCCCUACCGAUGGCUCCACCGGAGUAGAGCUGGCCCCCCACUCUUCUGAGCCAGGUUACCUGGUCACCAAAGUGGUGGCCGUGGAUGCAGACUCUGGCCAGAAUGCCUGGCUCUCCUAUCAGCUGCUCAAGGCCACAGAGCCAGGGCUCUUCACCAUAGGGCUCCACACUGGAGAGAUCCGGACGGCCCGUCCCUUUCUGGACAAGGAUGCUCUCAAGCAAAGCCUGGUGGUUUUGGUGAAGGACAAUGGGCAGCCCCCUCUCUCUGCCUCAGUCACGGUCACCGUGGUGCUGGCCGACAGCAUCCCUGAGGUACUGACUGACCUGAGCAGCAUCUCCGCCCCUGCAGACCCCCAGUCGGACCUCACCUUCUACCUGGUGGUUGCUGUGGCUUUUGUCUCCUGCUUGUUUUUCACCUUCCUCCUUGUGUUGCUGGCUGUCAGGUUGCACAGGUGGAGAACUUCACAUCUGUGCAACUCUCAAAGUGUGAAUUUCACUGGAGUUCCAGUUUCACAGUUUGUGGGCAUCGAUGGAGUAAGAGCUUUUCUUCAUUCUUAUUGCCAUAAUGGCUCACUCACUACCUGCUCUCGGAAGAGCCAAAUUCUUUUCCCCGUUGGAAGUUGUACAAGUACUCUUGCACCUCAGCACGCUUCUGACAAAUCAGGUCCUUUAGUAACUCUGGAUGAUUCAAGCAUUGCUAAUGAAAGGCAGAUCUCUGAACAGAAUUGUCUAAGGAGAAAAGACAAUCUGUGGAUAGACAAACAUACAAGCAAUUCAGAGAUGGGAGAAAAUCACAGAUCUCAGUACUACAGAAUUAUCACAUUAAUUUGGCUCCUGAAGAUGAUUGCCUGGGAACCUGUUUCUGGACAAGUUCACUAUAUGAUUCUGGAGGAAACUGAAAGAGGUUCUUUUGUGGGAAAUGUUGCAAAAGAUCUGGAGCUGGAUAUGGAUAAGUUAUCUAACAGCGGUGUCCACGUCAUUACCACAGGUAAAUCUCAAUAUUUUGCUCUCAAUAUGGAAAAUGGACAUUUAUACACGAGCGAAAAAAUUGACAGAGAAAUGGUCUGUGGCCAGGUUUUGAAAUGCUUGUUAAAAUUUGAGAUUCUAGUUCAAGAUAAAAUGAAAGUUUAUACUGUUGAAGUUGAAAUAGCAGAUAUUAAUGAUAAUACUCCAAGAUUCCAAAUGGAACAGCUGACCUUUAGCAUCAGAGAAACCACAGCUCAAGGAUCACGGUUUCUCCUUGCAGAUGCAGUGGAUCCAGAUGUGGGGAUCAAUUCUAUUCAGAGAUACGAAUUAAGUUCUAACAAACAUUUCUCCUUGUAUGUACAAACUGGAGAAAGUGGAGUUAAAAAUGCUGGAAUGAUACUUGAGAAUUCCUUGGACAGGGAAGAAAAGUCUUUUCAUAAUCUAGUUCUAGUGGCCUUUGAUGGAGGAGACCCAGUCCGGUCUGGGAGUGUGCCAAUCUGUGUUACUGUUCUCGACGCCAAUGACAAUGCCCCCGUUUUCACCCAACCAAUUUAUAAAGUCAGUGUAUUGGAAAAUGUUCCACUAGGAUUUGUUCUAACUACAGUGAAAGCUACGGACCUUGAUGAAGGACUUAAUUCAGAAAUAACAUACUCAUUUAGAACAAAAUCAGAUAAAAUUUCCCAAAUAUUCCUAAUGAAUUCACAAACCGGAGAAAUAUCAGUUCAAGGGAAUUUGGACUUUGAAGAAAUGGGAUUUUUUGAAAUAGAUGUCCAAGCUCAGGACCCAGAAGGUUUGUCAUCUCUUGCUAAGGUGUUUGUAACAGUUAUGGAUGCGAAUGAUAAUGCUCCAGAAAUCACACUUUCAUCGUUCUUCACCUCAGUGCCAGAAGAUUCACAGAGUGGGACUUUAAUUGCCCUGCUGCGUGUCAAGGACAAAGACUCUGGAGAAAAUGGGAAGGUCUCAUGUUCAGUUCCUCCAAACCUUCCAUUUCAGUUGCAAAAAUCUGUAGACAAUUUUUACACCUUGGUGACAGAUGGAUAUCUGGAUAGAGAGGUUGUUGAGCAUUACAAUUUGACAAUCACAGCAACGGACAGAGGGACACCUUUAUUUUCAACAACUGUCCACCUUCCAAUAAGAAUAUUAGAUAUAAAUGACAAUGCACCCAUCUUUAAACAGAAAUUUUAUAACUCAUAUUUAUUUGAGAAUAACCCUACCGGCACCUCCUUGAUGACUCUGGAAGCAAAUGACCCAGAUUGGGGUACUAACUGUACAGUGACUUAUUCCAUUCUUGAUGGGAAUGACCCUAAAGUUUCAGUUGCCUCAUUUCUCUCUGUUAACACUGAAACAGGGGUUGUCUACGCCCUGCGUCCGUUUGAUUAUGAAGAGCUCCGGGAGCUUAAUUUCUGGGUUAAGGCCCAAGAUGGAGGCUCUCCACCACUCGGCUCCAAUGUUUCAGUGACUCUCUUCAUUCUGGAUCAGAAUGACAAUGGCCCCCAGAUCUUGUACCCUGCUAUCCCCACUGAUGGCUCCACUGGAAUAGAGCUGGCUCCCCACUCCUCUGAGCCAGGCUACCUGGUCACAAAGGUGGUGGCCGUGGAUGCCGACUCUGGCCAGAAUGCCUGGCUCUCCUAUCAGCUGCUGAAGGCCACAGAGCCCGGGCUCUUCACCAUAGGGCUCCACACUGGAGAGAUCCGGACGGCCCGCCCCUUUCUGGACAAGGAUGCUCUCAAGCAAAGCCUGGUGGUUUUGGUGAAGGACAAUGGGCAGCCCCCUCUCUCUGCCUCAGUCACGGUCACCGUGGUGCUGGCCGACAGCAUCCCUGAGGUACUGACUGACCUGAGCAGCAUCUCCACCCCUGCAGACCCCAAGUCGGACCUCACCUUCUACCUGGUGGUUGCUGUGGCUUUCGUCUCCUGCUUGUUUUUCACCUUCCUCCUUGUGUUGCUGGCCAUCAGGUUGUACAGGUGGAGAAAUUCCCAGUUGUGUGAUUCUGGAAGUGUGAAUUUCAGUGGAGUCCCAGUUUCACAGUUUGUGGGGAUCGAUGGAGUCCGAGCAUUUCUUCGCUCCUAUUGCCAAGAAGUUUCUCUCACCACAGACUCUAGAAAAAGCCAAAUUAUUUUUCCCAUUGGAAGUUGUACAAAUACACUCACACCUCAGCAAACAUGCAUACAAGAACAAUUCAUGUCAGACUUACAGUGA